AUGUUCUCUAUAUUUGGGCAUUGCUAUAAUUAAAAUAAUUAUAUAUAUACUUCUUAUUAAUAAGAUUAUUUUGACUUGUCUGGUUUCAUUCAAAAUGUAUUUAAUUUUAUUAUAAAGUAUUCUUAUCGAGCAACAAAAGCCCAUGAUAGCUAAAGAACGCAUUAAAAAAUAUAUAAAGAUUUAAUGAUGGAUGAUUUUUUGAAUAAAAAUAUCAUGUUAAUUCAAAGUUGAAUAAGAAAAUUUUAAAUAUUAAACAGAGAAUCAGACUGAUUUAUAUAGAGAUUUUCAAAGUUUGAUUUAAUUUUGGCAUGUCAAGAAUGUAAUUAAAAUGAAGAUGAUUUGCUUUUGAGAGGAUUGGAUUUUUUCAUCUUGAUGAAGUUGAAAAAUAUUAAAAUUUUGGAGCUGUUUUUAGUAAGGCUUUCAAUUUAUUUUUAAGUUGGAAGAGAAAU